UCACUGUGUCCUACGGACACAGCUGAUCACGUGAUGUGGUAAAAGGCCAAUCACAGCGGCCUUUUACCACCUGAUCAGCGGUGUCCAAUGACACGCUGAUCAGAGGGAAAUGCAAGUGCCGGGCACUGAUGAUCAGUGCCCUGAUGAUCGGUGCCCAGCAGUGCCACCCGCAAGUUCCGCCCACCUGUGCCCACCAGUGCGCCCACUAGCUCCGCCCACCUGUGCCCAGCAGAUCACCCACCUGUGCCCAGCAGUGCACCCACCUGUGCCCAGCAGUGCACCCACCUGUGCCACUCUGCAGUGCCACCUACCUGUGCCCAGAAGUGCCACCUACAUGUGCCCAGCA